CGUCGACGUAAUCACAUAGCAUUGUCAUUAGGCCGGAAAAGGUGUAUGCUACAGCAAUCGCUGCCUCCCGCGCAACUCUAAAGGAACUCUCAAAGGACAUAAAAAGGCGGGACGUCCCCCCACGGAGCCCUUCUGACUUCCGGAAAGCAAUCGCACACCUCCAAGUUCCGCUAAAAAAACAACAUCCUCGUCCUUUCUUCAAACGCUCCGAAACUUUAUUUUCGCAACCAGAAACAAUUAAUCAUCAUGGUCCAAACGGCAGCAAUUCUCCCAAGGCCCUCUAUCUCCGCACCGUGCACUUGUAUCUGGGCCGCCCUCGACGAGCAACGUGAGGACCGUGCCGACGAUCAACACGAGCACGAGCAGUCUACCUUCAGCCAGGUCAAGCACACGCUCAACCCGCUCAACGCCAUCUCUUCCAUCCCUCUCUUUGGCAACAAGAGCGAUAACGCUGCCGAAGACGUUAGCAUCUCGCCCGAGGACCUCCCGCACACUUCGCCAAGGAGCCCUGUUAGGGAUGAGUCUCGUGCCACUCUGCCUCCUCACGUCGGUGCUUCCGCUGGUCGCAAGUCCAACAAGGUCGCCAUUGCAAACAGGCCUGACCGCAUCCCCAUCAUCGUCGACCCCAAGUUUGGAACUAUCCGCAGCGACUCGACCGAGAGUCGUGCGACCGUCUCUCGUAUGGAAGCGAAAGCUGAGAUCUUGAAGAAGAGCGGAUGGCUCGGAAAGGCCCGUCCCUUCAAGCUGCUCGGAAAGGCUCCUGAGGUCAAAGUCGGAGAGUUGAUCAGUUACCGAGAGGAUCUGGUCUACAUCUUGGACAGCCUCAUCCCAUCCCGCCGUCUCCACGACCAGCACUCCACUCACCCUCCAUCCGUCCUUCCCGUGCCCCACACGCCUCUUUGCCCCACUUGCCAACAGAACCUCGCCUACUCGCUCUUUAACACUCCGGCGGCGCACAACACUUUCGUUCGUGAAUCCGCCACCUCUGCGUUCUUGGCUCUCUUGGAUGAUGCUACCGCUUCGUUGAAAGGUUCCCUACCGCUCGAACACAUCACUCACCAUCAGCUGGACUCUAUUCUUCGAAGGGAGCUUGCUGUCGUUGAAUGGCGAGUCGCGGCCAACCUGGCGAAGUUCCACAAGAAGACCGGAUUCCUCAAGGAGUUCCCCGUCCGCCUAGGUAAGCGUGCGCACCACUCUCCUUUCACUCUCAACACAGCCGUAACCCAAUCACGCACCUCCUCUAACUCAACCUCUCUCCCUUUCAGGCGAAUAUGGGCAAUUCCAGGUCAACGUCAAACCCCCCGGCGCACCCGACGGCAUCGUCAAGAAGGUCGGCAACAAGCUCAAGAGCGCCGUCGGCUUGGGAUCCGCCGGUCCUUCGGGCGAAGUGCAGGGUCCCUCCGCCGCCAGCGAGGACAGCUAAACCAGUCAAACCAUAUCGAGGAGGCUCCCCGUAUUCGUUGAGAGACCUCCGACUGCCAUUGCGAUGAGGAAGGACAUAUUUUCGAGUUGGAUAUAUAUUCGCUAGGACUUUUUGAAUUUUGGACGUGUUUUCGUGAACCACGUAACAUGUAUGAUACAACAAACGAAAUUUUGAAUACAUUUGAUA